GUGAAGCAAUAAUUAUUAUUGACAAUUAUUAGCAAUCAAUAAGCUAGAUCACAUUAUGGCGAGCACUAUUAAGGAAGCAUUAUCAGUUGUGAGUGAAGAUCAGUCUUUGUUUGAGUGUGCUUACGGAACUCCCCACCUUGCUAAAACCGAGAUGACAGCCUCCUCUUCCAGUGAAUAUGGGCAAACAUCAAAGAUGAGUCCUCGUGUCCCCCAGCAGGAUUGGUUGUCACAACCUCCAGCCAGAGUCACCAUCAAGAUGGAAUGCAAUCCAAGUCAAGUGAAUGGUUCAAGGAAUUCUCCUGACAACUGCAGUGUGGCAAAAGGAGGAAAAAUUGCCAGCAACACAGAAAAUGUUGGAAUGAACUACGGAAGUUAUAUGGAAGAAAAACAUAUCCCACCACCAAACAUGACCACCAAUGAACGGAGAGUUAUCGUUCCAGCAGAUCCCACAUUAUGGAGUACAGACCAUGUACGCCAGUGGUUGGAAUGGGCCAUCAAAGAAUAUGGUCUCCCAGACGUAGACAUCUUGUUGUUCCAAAAUAUUGAUGGGAAAGAGCUAUGUAAGAUGACCAAAGAUGACUUCCAGAGACUCACACCAAGUUAUAAUGCAGACAUUCUUCUCUCACACCUACACUACCUCAGAGAAACUCCUCUUCCACAUUUGACUUCAGAUGAUGUUGAUAAGGCCUUACAAAACUCUCCACGGUUAAUGCAUGCUAGAAAUACAGGAGGUGCAGCUUUUAUUUUCCCAAAUACUUCAGUUUACCCCGAAGCAACACAAAGAAUUACAACCAGGCCAGAUAUACCAUAUGAACCAGCCAGGAGGUCAGCAUGGACAAGCCACAGUCAUCCUACUUCUCAGUCAAAAGCUGCCCAAUCAUCAUCUUCAACAGUAUCCAAAACAGAAGAUCAGCGUCCUCAGUUAGACCCCUACCAAAUACUUGGACCAACCAGCAGCCGUCUUGCAAAUCCAGGGAGUGGGCAGAUACAGCUAUGGCAGUUCUUAUUGGAGCUCCUGUCAGAUAGUUCCAAUUCUAAUUGUAUCACCUGGGAGGGCACCAAUGGAGAGUUCAAGAUGACUGACCCUGAUGAAGUAGCUCGGCGCUGGGGGGAAAGGAAAAGCAAGCCCAACAUGAACUAUGACAAGCUCAGCCGUGCUCUCCGUUACUAUUAUGACAAAAAUAUUAUGACUAAAGUCCAUGGUAAGCGUUAUGCCUAUAAAUUUGACUUCCAUGGAAUUGCUCAAGCCCUCCAGCCACAUCCUCCAGAGUCAUCCAUGUACAAAUAUCCCUCAGAUCUGCCCUACAUGAGUUCCUAUCAUGCACACCCCCAGAAAAUGAACUUUGUUGCUCCUCAUGCUCCUGCUUUACCUGUCACUUCUUCCAACUUUUUUGCUGGACCCACUCCAUACUGGAAUUCACCAACUGGAAGUAUCUACCCUAAUACUAGGCUUCCAGCCACACACAUGCCUUCUCACCUUGGCACUUACUACUAAAGGAAGAAAACUAUUUUAAAAGGACAUUUCUCCAUGGAAUACAAGGAAUUGUAUUGGAGAACAUGAACAAAAAGUGCCUAAAAGACAUAACAGAGUUGACUGGGAACAAAAGAUGUCAAUCAUAAUUUUUUAAAAUGAUAAUUACUGGAGAGUAUUAAAGAUGGUAUUAUGUAAAAAUGUUGACAUCAAAUCAAACAAUGAAAUACUGUUCUAGAUAAAUAUAUGUAAUAUGUAAUGGAGGGAAGACAAAGUUUAUAAGCUUUUGUAUCAUGUUUGAUAUUAUGCUAAUGUAAACUGGGAUUCUACUACAGCAAUAUAAGGAUAAUUCUAUUAUGACCUAAGAUACAUUAUGUGAACAUACAGAUUUAUAAAAAAAAACCCUGCAUUUUUUAACAAAAAUGCGAAAGUGUCAUAAAUAUUUGUCUAGAGCAGGACCUGAUUUUUAUUAAUGCAACAGUUUUAUUUGGAAUGAAAUUAAUACAUUCCAUUAAGAGGAAGGGAUCGGCUGUUUCAAACUGUGAAGACUAUGCAAGCUUUAAGAUUCCUUGACAGUGUUAAAGAGCUCUGAGCCAAAUAUUGGGACUGAGAAUGUGCUGAGGGGCAAGUGUAUGAUUAUAGGCUAUGGGGCCAAUCCAACAGGAAGUUCUCCUACAUAAGCCGUACUGAAAUAAAGGGGAACAGCACAGGAGGAAUACUGUGGCCCUGUAUCUGAUGUAGGAAGUAGAAAGGGGUGAGAGGAAGACAAGGGUGAUAAGAAUGAAGGAGACAUUUUCUCUGGAAAUGUGGGAAACUCAAAACUGGAGGUUUUUUAAUAUUGAAGAAUUACAGAUUUGGACAUGAGAAAUACUGUAUUCAGUAUGAUGCCAUUUCCAGUGUUAACAAAGAAAAGACUUGAUUUUUUUAAGUCCAAAAAGUGGAAAGUAGUAGUAUCAAAGUAUGCAUUUUCUUUAUAAAAAUAUAAAACUGGAAUUGUCUUAUAUUUAAAAGUAACAUUUAGGACCUCAUUCUUAAGGGAAUUUGUUUUCUACUGGUUAAAGGUAAGAGACAGUCCCCAGUUGCCAAAGUCUGAAAUCGUAUAGAUAUUUUUGUUAGGCAGUGCCCAUUUUUCUUUUCUGAGUCGCGAACGCUGUGCGUUUGUCAGAAUGAAAUAUACAAGUCAACUUUUUUUCUUUUUAUAUAAUAAUUAUAUAACUUAUGCAUUUAUACACUACGAGUUGAUCUCGGCCAACCAAAGACACAGAAAGGGACAAUCAGAAAUACUGUGGCCUUGAAUUUUAACUCUGUAUGCUUCAUGUUUACAUUAUGAACUUAACUAGUACUUAGAAAGCAGAAUGUAUGUAAUAAAAUAAGCUUGGCCUAGCAUGGCAAUUUCGAUAGACACUGUAGUCUGCAUUUUCAUCUCUUAUGACAAUGAUGCUAACCAUGUUG